AUGUUGAGGCCGCUCGCCAGGGACGAGCUGCUGCAUAUUAGUUGCCAUCACGAGUUUUACCAGUUUGCAGGUAUAUCCCAAAUGGCAAAGGUUUCCAAAAGAUCUCCAUUGCUUACUGUCUAUAUAUUCCUCUACAAUGUUACACUAUUUGUCUAUUCAUCUGAAAAUUUUUUGGAACUGAUAAAUGCUGUGAAAUCAGGAAUUUUUGUCUAUGAUGAUCAUUUUCCUUUAUUUUGUAUCGGAACGGCUGCACAACUAUUGGAUGUUGUGCAUGGACUUCUUGGUAUAACCACAACCGGAAUCGCUGCUGGUAUUAUGCAGGUAUUCGGACGACUUCUUAUGCUGUACGUAAUCGAAGGCAAUCCAAGUAUACACAAUCAAAUCUCCACCCCCAUUCUUCUAUUUGCAUGGGUGUUAAUUGAACUAGUUCGGUAUCCGUACUACGCUCUACGACAUGGACAUACGAGUGUACGUGCUUGCAUGUGCAGGUACACUGUCGAUCCCAAGCUACUACCCGCUGCCCACGCUAUUGCGAAUAAUCUAAAAAUUCCAGGGGUUAGUUUGGUGACAUCGAUAAAGCACUACUAUGAAACCGGCAAGUAUUCCACUCAUCUACCGUACCUGGACGUGACGCUGAAUUUCGGAAUCGUCGUGGGAGUUCUGGCAUUUGUUGUGAUGCCACUGAUCAGUCGGACACUUUUGGGACACAUGAAGAGACAAAGGAAAAACAAGAUGAGUGUGAAGAAAACUCAGUAG